AUGGAGCACACGAUCCUCAAACGGCACAAAGAGGUGGCCGGGUGUGUCUGGCAGCCCGGCAUGGUCGGACCCGGUUGUCGACCCCCUUCCGCCCUCAAAAAGGCGGCCAUGGCAGGCAAAGACAGCUACUACGAGAUGGAAAAGUACAGUCGCAUCACCACCUGGCUUCUGCUCGCCCUUGUCGGUGUCGUCAUCCUUCGCCAUCUCGUCUCGAAGCUUCGUCACAGCUCCAACCCACGCUUCUCCCUCGCCAUCAUUUCGAUCCCUGGAUAUCGACCCCUCGCAGCGUUCUGCAGGGGUAUCGGAUACUAUCGACCGAAGAAGAUCUUCACCCGACGCAGCGUGCUUUCGGAGCUCACCUCUGCAGACCGUAUCCCUUCGCUCGGAAACCUCCUCACCUUCGCCCUCCCCGCUCUCGGCCUGGUGAUCUGGUGCUUUGCCAUCCGACCCUACUACCGACCCGCAGCCGUCUGGGGCAGUACACCCCUUGGCGUCCGAGCCGGAAUGAUCGCCAACGCCCUCUUCCCCCUCCUCUUCGCCUCCGCCCUCAAAUUCAACCCCCUCACCUUCCUCACCGGCAUCAGCCACGAAAAGCUCCAGUUCUACCACCAACAGACCGCCCGACUCAUCCUCCUCCUCGCCAUCAUCCACACCAUCCCUUUCCUCUGGCAACCCGUCCACGAUGGUGGAUUCUCCAACCUCAAAGCGUGGUACUACUACGAUCGAAUCUGGUGGACGGGUACGGUGGCACUGGCGUUGUUGGCUUGGUUGGUAGCGAGCAGUUUUGGCGUGUUCCGCAGGAUGAGCUACGAAUUCUUCGUGCUGCAACAUGUGUUGUCCAUCCUGGGGUUUUUGGUGUUUUACUUUAUGCAUACGAGGGAUCUGAUUCACUCGUGGUCGUGGUUGUGGCCGAGUAUCGGAGUGUGGGGGUUCCAUGUGGUGGGCAAGUUUGCCAACUCGUUGCGGAUCAGUCGAUUCCGUGGAGUGCCUGCGACGGUGACGUUGAUGGAUGCAGAGGAGAGGCUGGUCAAGGUGGAGCUUGCCGCACCGGUAACGUGGAGAGCAGGACAGCAUUUCUUUUUGCGCUUCCCGGGCGUGACCAGAACAGCACCGUAUCAGAGUCACCCGUUCACAGUGGCCAAUCUCGCCUCGCAAGAUGGGAACGUCGAAUCGCACCUCGUGUUCGUCUUCAAGGCGCGGGGCGGGUUGACGGGGCAGGUGUGGGAGAAAUUGGCAAGGCUGCCCGAGGUGAAGGGCAAGGUGUCGACGGUGAUGAAUGUGGGAUUGGAUGGGCCGUAUGGGACACCAUUUAAGGCGGAGGCGUAUGGAGAGGUGCUGAUGAUGGUCGGUGGUGUGGGAAUGACUUCGGCACUACCUGCGUUGAUGCAGCUGUGUUUGGCGGCGAGGAGCACGAGGGAGGUGGGGACGAGGAGGGUGAGCGUUCAUUGGGCCGUGCAGUCGAUGAGGACGUUCGAGGCGUUCGAGUCGAGUCUCAGGGCCGUGCUCGAGCAUCUGCGGGUGCUUGGCGUUGAUGCGGGGAUGGAUGUCUACUGCCGCGACGAAGCAGCCAGCGAGGAGAAGGAAGACGCAAAGUCGAGCAUCAGGAUCCAUGGCGAGAGAGCGGAUGUUCCGAACAUCGUCACGAGGUUCGUCGACACCGCUUCCAAGACAGUCGGCGUCUCCGUCUGCGGCCCCGCUUCGAUGCUCAACGAGACCGCCAACACGGUUGCCAAGCUGCAGUGGUCGCACGUGCUGUCCAAGGCGAGCGGCGUGGAGGAGCUCUACCUGCACACCGAGGCGUUCGAUUGGUAG